AAACCGCAGGGAGAGACCGAGAUUUCAGGGAGGAGGACAGUUGGAAAGUUAAAGAAGAGGGAAAUCUCCAAUAUGGAAGACGAGGACUAUUCUGGUCUCCGACAGCACUCGGCCAUAUGGAAUUCUGCGAUUCAUCUUCUGUCAAAAGAGGAGGUUUGAUUGACAAUCGAUGUUGUAACAUCCUUGGCAACCUGAGGAUAAUGCCAGGGAAUGGAUGAAGAACUACUGCGGAUGGCUGGAUUUAGUCAUUGGACUGAGUACUGUAGCCUACAGACGAGAGCAUAUGGAUAUUAAGCUGAAUUCCAUGUUCAACGUUUCCCUAUCUCACAUCUACACAGAAGGACGAUGCUCUGAAUGGUUUAAAUUGUAUCGCGAAAGACGUAGCACUAAUAUAUGUCUAUGAAGAAAACAUUUUGCGCAUUGAGUUCUCUGGAAUGUCCUCGUCAUCCAUCAGUAUCAUUUACUAGUUCGCCGCCAGGAGAAUAGGAAUUAGCUUCAGCUAGAUGCAAGUAUGGGUGAUGCUGUGGAUAACAAGGAGACUAAAAGGACAUUCAUCGUGCCGGCCAUCAAAUCUUUUGACCACUACGAUUUCACAAGGGCUAAAAUAUCUUGUAGUCUAGCAUGGCUCGUUGCCAAAGCCUUUGGGUCAGACAGUGUGCCGGAGGAGCUGCUGGAGCCGUUCUACAGGGACCAGUACGAGCAGGAGCACCUGAAGCCCCCCGUGGCCACCCUACUGCUGUCGGCCGAGCUCUACUGCCGCGCCGGCAGCCUCAUCCUGCGCAGCGACGCCGCCAAGCCCCUGCUCGGACACAACGCCGUCAUCCAGGCGCUCGCCACGCGCGGACUCUACGUCACCGACCAGGAGCGCCUGGUCACCGAGAGGGACCUUUGCAACGCCCCCAUACAGAUGAGUGGACACCUGGCGAUGAUUGACACUCUGAUGAUGGCCUACACGGUGGAGAUGGUGAGCGUGGAGCGAGUGCUGUCCUGCGUGCAGAGAUACUGCCCUCUCUUCCCUGACGACGACAUCCCAUACGAUGCAGAGGACGCUGUGACCACAUGGUUGAACAAGGUGAACGAGCAUCUGAGAGAUAUUUUGGCCCACGACCAGAGGACCCGCGAGGCCUCCCCUGGGGACAAUGCUGCUGCUCAGAGAUCUCGCUACAGAAGGGAGGACGCCAAGCCCCGGGCGUCUCACUGCCUCCCCCUAGUGGAGAACCUGCUGAAGGACAACACAGAUGGCUGCGCCCUCGCUGCCCUGCUCCACUUCUACUGUCCCACCUCCGUCAGGCUGGAAGACGUGUGCCUGAAGGAGACCAUGUCCCUGGCGGACAGCCUCUACAACCUGCAGCUGGUGCAGGACUUCUGCAGCGAGAACCUCAACCACUGCUGCCACUUCAGCCUGGAGGACAUGCUCUAUGCCUCCUCCUCCAUCAAGAGUAACUACCUUGUGUUUAUGGCCGAGUUGUUCUGGUGGUUCGAAGUGGUAAAGCCUUCCUUUGUACAGCCCCGAUCCUUUGACACCAAAGUUCCAGAGCCACCACGGUCAUCAACUAAAAUGGCUCCCAUUUCCAAAAACAAGCCUAACUUCCUGGAGAGAUCAUGCAGUCCAGAGCAGACAAGCUCACAACCAAAUUCUUCAGCUAUGAUGAAGCGUUCCUCUUCCAUGUCGUAUGUGGACGGUGUGGGAACAUGGCCAAAAGAAAAGAGAUCGUCAGCUCACGGCAUUUCCUUCGAGAUCCCCUUUGAUGACGAGGUGACGCCGGUCAUCCCGGGGUCGUCGUCGGGUCGCGGCAUGGCCCGCUCGGCCAGCACAGAGGGCCUGGGCUUCAAGGUGCACCAUGCCAACCGCAACAUGCGGCGGAACCUCUCCUUCCAGCCAAUCAACGGCCAGGAGGGUUACAUACAGGAAGAGGACAGUGAUGAGUUCUCAGAGGCCAACAGGCGCGCCGGAAGACCACGCAGCAGGAGUGAUGCAAAGUAUUCCAAUGGCUUGUUGCCAGAGAGCCCCGGCCACCCGCAGGCCACCACCCCCAGCAUAGAGGAGGCCCUAAAAAUCAUCCACGCCACAGAGCAGAGCCACAGCCACAGCAGCCUGCCCACUACCAGUGCCGGCGAGAGCAGCUUCUUCCUGCACGGCCGAGAAAUACCGGACCUCUCCACAAGCAACAUCCCCCACCACCACCACCACCACGACAACGGUAAUGACGACGACAACAGCCAGCCUGGUGAUGGGAUCAGCUGCUGCACGGUGCGGGCGGAGGACGCUGACCUCAACUCGACGUCCACGGAGGUGGACACGGGCAUCCACGUGCGGACCGAGGACAUCCAGGACGGACAGGACGAGGACUCGUCUCUCAAGGACUACUCGGAUAUGGACCAGGACUACGAGGUGCGCUCCUGCCCGCUGCCAGACUCCUCCGCCAGCCCGUCCAUGAGCCUGAUAGGCGCUCGCUCGCUCGGCUGCGGGAGCCCGGCGUCGUCCUCGGGCUCCGGCGGCGCCGUGCGCAUGACCAGCUUCGCCGAGCAGAAGUUCCGGAAGCGGAACCAGGCGGAGGGCCGGAAUAGCGGCAGCGGUAGCAACACUCCAGAGAGCUCCGAGCUUAACAUGCCGAACGCGACAUCCACAACAACAGCGGCACACACAUCUGUGGCGGCAACGUUGCCAGCUGCAGUGGGCAGAGCCGUGAUGACGCCCAUUGAGACUCGUAGCCCCGCCCACCUGACGUCCCCACGCGACCCGGGCCACAUCCUGGCCUCGGAGAUGGUGCACCUGAAGAUGAAGCUGGAGGAGAAGCGGCGCGCCAUCGAGGCGCAGAAGAAGAAGGUCGAGGCGGCGUUCACGCGCCACCGCCAGCGCAUGGGGCGCACAGCGUUCCUCAACGUCGUCCGGCGUAAAGGCGGCUCCACGUCCCCAUCUCCCGUCACCGAAACGCCCAGCAGCACCCCGAACUUCGCCAAGCCCCCUUCCCCGUCCCCGUCGGCAGCUGUCGCCGCUGACCCCGCCUCGGCUCAUGUGACGCCGACCCCCGGCAGCGGGGCUGGCGGCGAUGGGGCGGGGCUGGAGCGCUGCAAGCCGGACGGGGCGGCGCCCAAGUCUCCCGUGGAGGACGGCGCGGCGGAAGUGGACCUGACGGAGUACACGCGCACCAUCGAGCGGCUCAACACCUCGCUCGGCUUCCUGCAGACGGAGAUGCAGCGGUUGGCGCGGCAACAAGAGACCAUCAUGCAGAUGCGCGACACGCAGUCCUGGGUUAUCUCGCCGCCCUCGCACCCGCCACAACCGUCGCCGCAGAAGACAUUUCUACGGGAGCUGCGCAGCAGCAGCGUGACGGGGCGCGGUGGAGGCUCCGUGGGUUCGCUGUCGCCCAUCCUGUCCUCCUCGGCUACCGGAGGAGGGGGUGGCGGGGGUACCGGGUCACCCCGCACCACGCACCGAUCCCCGAGCACCAUCAAGAGGAAGUCGGCGUCCUUCCACGCCAGGACCCCGCGCACGCCGCGGCCCAGCGAGCUCAAGAUCACGCCCUUCAGUCGCAUGCUCAACACGCCGCAGUCGGUGGACAGCCUGCCGCGGCUUCGCCGGUUCUCGCCCAGCACGACGCAGACGGCCUGCUUUGCGUACCUGGGCCACGACUCCAGGCCCACGUCUUCUGGAGCAGCCAGUGGAGAACAGGAGACCAAGGACAGCAGGGUGCAGGCAGGCCCGGACCAAGCCAAAGACAAGCCCCAGGGGGCGGACGCAGAGCCAGGGAAGAGCCAGGAAACGGCUCAAGCCGAGGGUGAGAAAACAACGACAAGGGAAAAGGAAGAGCAGAGGGAGAGAGGAGCGAAAGAUGCAGGAAGGAAAGCAGCCGGCAUCAGUAGCAACAGAACUGGGUCUGUUGGGGAGGUGCUGUGUCAGCCACUGUCGGAGGCAUGUGUGGCGACGAAGACGACGGCUACCGUGACCACCAGCUCCAAGGGCCAGCAGGAGGCCCAGUCCAGGAAGGACCUGAUUGAGGUUCCGCUGUCGGUUCUGAAGCCUUUGGAUGGACAGAUGGAGUGUGGCCUGGAGUCGGGCCCGGAUGGAGAACCGGGACUGGAGAACCAAGACCAGAAGAUGUGCUGCGGGUUCUUCUACAGGGACGACCAGCAGGGGGAGGAGGACAUAGCCCAGAAGCGUGCUGCACUGCUGGAGAAGCGGCAGAGGAGGGAGAAGGAGACGCAGCAGAAGAAGCAGCAGCUGGAGGCCGAGCAGGAGCAGAAGAAGGAGGCAGCACGGGUGAAGGCAGAGGAGGAGCGUGUGAAGCGUGAGGACGAGAAGGCACGUAGGGAGUACAUCAAAAACGAGUACAUGCGCAGGAAGCAGCUCAAGCUGAUGGAGGACAUGGACAGUGUCAUCAAGCCCCGUCCCGCCAGCAUCAAGAAGAAGCAGCGGCCCAAGUCUAUGCACCGGGACAUCAUGGAGUCCCCGAAGCCGCCCGUCAAGGCCACAGGGUCACGGCCACGUGGAUAUUCAGUAUCCAGCCUGUCUCUCGCAUCCUUGAACCUGGCAGACAACGAGAGUGUCCAGUCUGAUAAGAGAACUCCACGGCCGGACUCUGCAGAAGGCUACCUUUCUCCCUGCCAGUCUGUGAGUCGAAACGGAGAGAACUGGGAAAACGAGUCCACCACCUCGUCUGUGGCAUCCAACACCGAGUACACAGGGCCAAAGUUAUACAAGGAGCCGAGUGCGAAGUCCAACAAAUACAUCAUUCAGAAUGCACUCGCUCACUGCUGCCUCGCUGGCAAGGUCAAUGAAGGGCAGAAGAACAAGAUACUGGAGGAAAUGGAGAAGACGGAGUCGAACAGCUUCCUGAUCCUGUUCCGGGACUCGGGUUGCCAGUUCCGCUCGCUCUACACCUACUGCCCGGAGACGGAGGAGAUCACGCGGCUCACCGGCAUCGGGCCCAAGACCAUCACCCUCAAGAUGAUCGAGAGCCUCUUCAAGUACAACUCGGACAAGAAGCAGUUCAGCUGCAUCCCCGCCAAGACCAUGUCGGCCAACGUGGACGCCAUCACCAUCUUCGGACACCUGUGGCAGACCAAGAAACAGGGGACGCCCAAGAAGUUCCAGCCCCUUAAGUCUUAGUUAGCCUAGUCUAGUCGUCGAGACCAUAGGUGCCGGAAAGGGGGAUGCAGUGGUGCAUUGGCAUCCCCACUUUUGGGCUCCCUAAAUGAGGCUUUCUCAACUUUUACUGCAGACAAAUGAGUGGAGAGGAGUGCAGAAAUAAAGAAAUAAAGAAUCAAGAAAAAAAAUGCACCACCACUUUAAAACUCGUUCCGGCGCCCUUGAUCGAGACUCCUGCUAAUUGUCCACCUCCUCCUUCUCCGCCUACUAGGUGUAAAAGAGACACAUUCAACCAACACCUCAGUUGUAGAGAUUUAGGAUUUGCUAAUACAGCCUAGAGAAAUUUUUGCUCCACCAUUCACAGUAUUUCACCUAGUCCAGUCCACCUGGGCAAAGUGUUUGACUUUAGUGAUAAUGAUCACCUUGAAUGUAAACAACCAGAACAAAAACAAAACAUAAUCAUAUAUCAUCUGGCAUCAGGCUUCAUCUGACAUCCAUUAUGCUACCCCGAUGGGGGUUUUAUCUGUAGUGUGUGUGUGUGUUACUGUGUGUAUCACGCACAACUGUUUGAGCGCAUGUCUAUGCAUUUGCAUAUGUGUGUAGGUGCUUGUGUGUGUGCGUGUUUGUGCCAAAAUCGAAUGGAGAGGAUGCCACCCCCCACCCUCCCACUAUGGUGUGUGGACAAUUGGAGCACUGAGUGUCACUUUGUGUGGAAAACAGCUAUGGUUUUUAAUCAUAUGUUCGUUGCCUUUGAAGGGGGCUUAGGCCUGACUUACUUUGUGUGCAGUUAAAGAGGGCCCCCAUACUACAAUGAAGCAAAUGUAUCACCGAUAAUGGUAGCAUAUGAUGCGCUUGUGAUUGUUGAGAAGAACAGUGUCUUCAAGCCUUAGGCCAAAAGUUUUUUUUUCUUUUGGCCAAAAGUGGUCGUGGGAAAAAAAGAGUAAAUGUAUGACGUGUGAGGUAAACUUUUUUUUUUAACACAUUACCAUUAUUUUGUUAAUCUUUACAAGAACGUAGAUUACUACUGUGGAAAUCAUGUUCACCAGCAGCACUCACCCUGUGU